AUGGAAUCAAAUGAUAAGGAAGUUGCUCCAAUACAACUUUAAAAUGGACAUUUGUUCUCCAAGUACAUUUUUAUUGAUAUUUUAGGCAGAGCAUUUUCUCGAGAUAAAGUUGAGAAAUUACUCAAGAUGCUCUCUAAGAACACGCAUGUGGAAAGAAUCGCUACUCCUACUAGAUUACAGUUCUCAACAAAAAUCUCAAAGUUGAAGCCAAGCACCAGAUUCCACAUCCUAUUUAUUGCAUGA